AUGACGUUGUUACCAAAUCUUUUGACUCACUCGGGGAUCAAGUGCUUCGAGAGAUUUUUCAAAGCCGUCAAUUCAAAGGAGGGGAAAUUGAAGGCGAGACGGCGUGGGUUCCUUCUUAACGAUCCAAAUCUUAUCGGAUUGGAUUAUCUGUGGAGGGUGAUAACAGAGUGUAACGAUGAGAUAUCGAGUCGUGGUAUAGAGUUGCUCCGCGAGACGUGCACGUGUACGGGCCCGUCUCUAUCGCCCGCACAACAGCACGAGGCGUUUCUCACUCAGUGCUGUGCGCGUACGCAGAGGCUGCAUAGCGAAAUGGUUGAUGAAGCCGCAUCGGAGUGUUGUACAAAAAUGUGUAGAGUGAUUCGUGCCAUACAAGAAUAUAUAAACGAAUGUGAUAGAAAGUUUUCGGCCGAUCGUCAGAUAUUGCCGAUAUACAGAUCGGGCAGAGGGCGCCAGUGUACAAUUAUAGUGAGAUUCAAUUUUCAAACGGGCCAAAGACAAAUUGAUGAUAUUGAACUCUUUUCACACUCGAACGAGACGCUUCAUUCGUUGCGUGUGGCUGUGCAAAGGCGGUUAAAGUGCUCGUCCGAGAGCAGUAUUAAACUAGAAAUGUAUAUAAAUAAGUUAGAAUUAUAUGUUAAUGGAGAACUUUUGGACUCGAGUCAUGACCGGAAGAUUCUCUCACAAAUACAUUUAAGGGACAAAACCAUAUUGGUUGCUAAGGUUUACGACGGGCAGGUAUGCGGUAGUGGUGGAUGCGGUUCGUCAAAUGAAUCCAGCAGCGAUAGUAGCGCAACUUCGCCACCCCUGCCACCCACUGCGGAGCACGCACUACCGGGAGUUUUAUUCGCACAAGGAACCUGGUACCUCCCAUUCAUUUUGGAGUUGGAACACAUCGGCAUCACAAAGGGGCACGCCCCAUUGACUGAGGCAGCUCAUUUGCUGUCACAAAUAUGCCCACCUCAUAAGCACUGA